UGCGCUCCAGCUCAGGCGGUUCCAUUGCCCGGGGAUCCGCGCUCAGCCCAGGGCGGAGGCUUGGCGUAGCCCUAGAGCAAACCGUCUCCUUGGGCGUGGGGAGGAGCCGCACGCCCCUGCACGCGCCCGAGGGUGCUCCGAGCCUCUUCUUCCUCUUCUUUCUCCUUCUUUGCUCCCCAACCUCUUCCCCCUCCCCCAGGGAGGUCAUGCACCUGUGAUUUUCUUCCCCCGCCCCCUGAAAUUCCCCCUCCUUCUUUCCCUUCAUCCUCUCCCUUCCUCUCCUUUCUUCGUAUAUUUAUUUAUCCGCUCCCCACUCGCCCUGCCCAUGAGCCUUCUCGGGAGCUACCGGAAAAAGACCAACAAUGAUGGGUACGAAUCUUUGCAGCUGGUGGACAGCAGCGGUGACUCGGGCGCUGGCAGCGGCGGGAGCAGCAGCGGCGGCGGUGGCAGUGGCAGCGGCGGCAGCAGCGGCGGCAGCGUCAGGCUAGGAGUGACCCCGGUAGCGGCGGUAGCAGCAGCGGCGGCAGCUAAAAGUCCCGCGCGGCGCCCACCGACAGGCGUCAGCACCAUGGACAGCUCAGGUGCCUCAUCUCCAGACAUGGAAUCCAACUAUGGUGGAGGUCUGCUUGACAUGGUAAAAGGAGGUGCAGGGCGGCUCUUUAGCAACCUAAAGGACAACCUCAAAGAUACCAUUAAGGACACUUCUUCCAAAGUCAUGCAGUCUGUUGCCAGUUACACUAAGGGAGAAUUAGACAUUUCCUACAUUACCUCCAGAAUAAUCGUGAUGUCCUUUCCCGCAGAAGGAGUUGAGCUAGGAUUCAGGAAUCAGAUAGAAGAUGUCCGAACCUUCUUGGAUUCCAGGCAUCCUGACCAUUAUACAGUGUUCAAUCUAUCACCCAAAUCCUAUCGCAGUGCCAAGUUUCACAACAGGGUCUCAGAAUGCAGCUGGCCGAUGCGACAAGCGCCGAGUCUGCACAAUCUCUAUGCUGUGUGCAAGAACAUGCACAACUGGCUUCAACAGAACCCCAAGAAUGUCUGUGUCAUCCACUGUAUGGAUGGACGUGCUGCAUCGGCAGUUCUGGUUAGUGCAAUGUUUUGUUUCUGUCAUCUCUUCUCUAAUCCAGCCCCUGCUAUUCAGUUGCUAAAUGCAAAGCGACCCGGAAUCGGACUUUGGCCAUCCCAUAGGAGAUACAUAGGAUAUAUUUGCGACCUCAUAGCUGACAAACCUGUCAUUCCCCACUGCAAACCUCUCACAGUUAAAUCAGUCACUCUCAGUCCUGUCCCUUGUUUCAACAAACAGAGGAAUGGAUGUCGUCCAUUUUGCGAUAUACUCAUUGGAGAAACAAAAAUAUUUACAACUUCCUUGGACUAUGAAAGAAUGAAAGAAUUCCGGGUCCAGGAAGGCAAGGUUGUCAUUCCAUUGGGUGUCACAGCUCACGGUGAUGUGGUGGUGUCAGUUUACCAUAUGAGAUCGACCAUCGGGGGACGGUUGCAGGCUAAAAUGACCAAUACUCAAAUAUUCCAAAUUCAGUUCCACACGGGAUUUGUACCACUGGGCACAACAGUGUUGAAAUUCACUAAGCCUGAGUUGGACGCGUGUGACUCUCCAGAAAAAUACCCCCAGCUGUUCCAUGUGAUUUUGGAGAUCGAAAUUGAACCUAAUGACAGACAGACAGAUUUAACUCCUCCAUGGGAAAAUUUCUCCACAAAAGACAUUAGCCCCAGCAUUCUCUUCUCCUCUCACCAGGAGCAGCAAGACACUCUGGCUUCAGCAGGUAGAGCCUCAGCUGAUGUUCCUCAAGAAAACCCGAGACAUGCUGGUCAAGGGGCUUUCUUUUCUUCUCUCAACUGGCAAGAUCAGAAAUCUGACAAGGCCAGCAGUCACCCCACCUCUGAAGACCGAGCAGCCCUGGUCCACGAGGAGAGUGAACAAUCAGAUGAUGAGCUCCUGUCUCUCUCAAGCCAGCACAGUAAUGCCAGUGGGGACAAACCCCCUGGAGCAUCGAAACAUAACAAAAAGCAGCAGGAGGCACCUCCCCCUCCACCCCCUGAAGAUGUAGACCUUCUGGGGCUUGAGGGAAGUCCCAGCAAGACUUUCUCUUCUCAGCCUGUGGCUCCGCCCACCAAUUCAGACUUGUUGAAUGACCUGUUUGGAGGUGGAGGAGCAGCAGCAUCUGCUCAGGCUGGACCUCCAGGGGUGGAGGAUGUGUUCCAUCCAAGCGGCCCAGGAUCAGCCCACUCAACGCCCCGACGAUCUGCAGCUUCUGGCUCGCCAUCUCCCUCUGCGAGAGUGGGAGAAGCUGCAACCUUUGACCCAUUUGGAGCUCCCUCCAAACCAUCUGGUCCAGAUUUGCUGGGUUCUUUUCUGAGCACAUCAAAUGCCUCUAGCGAUCCCUUUCUUCAGGCCAGAAGUCCUUCCCCCACAGUUCAUGGUGAUCCCUUUAAUUUAGCUUCCAGCACACCCACUGUUUCCAUCCAGCCAGAUGUUUCAGGAGGUUGGGACUGGCCCAGUAAACCAGGUGGUUUUGGAAUGGGAAGCAAGUCCGCUGCCACCAGCCCCACAGGCUCAAUGCACAGUACUCCAACACAUCAGAACAAACCACAGUCUCUGGACCCGUUUGCUGACCUUGGCACACUUGGUGCAAAUUUAGCAGGUAGUUCUUCAUUUGCCAGCAAACCCACCACGCCAACUGGGUUAGGUGGAGGAUUCCCCCCUCUUAGCUCACCACAGAAGCCAUCUCCUCAGCCAAUGGGUGGGGGAUGGCAACAGGGGUCUGGCUACUCAUGGCAGCAAACCCAAUCCAAGACACAGCCCAGCAUGCCCCAUGCCUCUCCCCAGAACAGACCGAACUACAACGUAAGCUUCUCAUCAAUGCCAAGUGGUCAGAAUGACCGUGGAAAAGGACCUUCUAAUUUGGAGGGGAAAUCCAAAGCAGCUGAUUUUGAAGACCUGCUGUCUGGUCAAGGCUUCAACGCUCACAAAGAUAAAAAGGGGCCCAGAACAAUAGCUGAAAUGAGAAAGGAAGAAAUGGCAAAAGAAAUGGACCCGGAGAAACUGAAGAUCCUGGAAUGGAUAGAAGGCAAGGAAAGGAACAUCAGGGCACUGCUGUCCACCAUGCACACGGUGCUAUGGGCUGGGGAGACCAAAUGGAAGCCCGUGGGCAUGGCCGACCUGGUCACUCCUGAGCAGGUGAAGAAAGUCUACAGGAGGGCCGUGCUCGUGGUGCAUCCAGACAAGGCUACCGGGCAGCCGUAUGAACAAUAUGCCAAGAUGAUCUUCAUGGAGCUCAAUGACGCCUGGUCAGAAUUUGAGAAUCAAGGCCAAAAGCCCUUGUAUUAACCUGCUCUUUCCUCUGUCUCCACUGCAGACCUAGGCUAAUGCUUCUUUCUCUUGUCCCAAUGGAGAUUUUCACAGAUGAACCCAAAUGAGACAUCCCCAACAGCAAACAGUUAAAUUCUCUGCCCAUCGCUUCCCUGAUGAAUAAAGAAACAGGAGUCUAGGAUUCUAGGUGUUAUCACCUUAAACCUUCCAGAAUGUUCUAGGCAUGUGAGUUGACAUUUAAGAUCCAAUGACCAUACUUCACAGUCAUAUGAAAAAUGAGGCCGUACAUAUAGAACAGAGAGUUUUAAUGUGUGUGGGGGGAGUGGGAGGGGUUAGCGAGGGGAGAUGAUGAGCAUUGGACCAGAUGUGACCUUCAUGUCCUUGCCCAAGAAGGGAUACGAUUUUUACGCUUUAGGGGAAAAGGAGCAAAAAAUUGGGUAAGGAAUUCACUCUGAUGGAAGAUUUUUUUUUAAGAGGUUGGCUUUUAGAUUGUGUCAAAAAGAUGUCUUCCAUGUCACCUAGUCAGACAAACUUGAGCAGAAUCAAACACCAUGGAUAGCUACUUCUGCCUAGAGCAUCAUUCUGUACAGUUAUAAGCCCAUAAGCCUUUUGUGGCCUACUUGAAAGUUAAUGUGAAACUUAGGAAGAGAUUUAACUCCAUUACAAUAGACACCGAUUAUCACUUGAUUUGGUUGGGUAAAUUAAAACAAACGGAGCAUCUCAAAGGUCCCUAUUCCUACAAAGAAGCUUAGAGUCCUCAGCUCCAUUCCUUUUGUUUAAGUUAUGGUUAAUUAUCUUUUGAAAAACCUACCAUUGAUUAAUUUUAUGCCAGAUGGAGAGGAACAUUUUUUUUAACUGGGGGUGGGGUAUAUUGCCCCAGGAUUUUUAUUCUAAUCACUUUUCAUGGUCAUAAAUGUUGUGCUUGCCUAGAAGUGGGUUCUAAAGGAGUUGGUCUUCUCUCCCACUUAUCAGAAUUUGCAUUCUGAAGAAACUCUGGCUUCUAUAGGUUCCUAAGGAUUUGGGAAAGAAUGGGAAGGGUCAGUACUUAGAAAACUUCGAGUUUACUUCCAGACCAAGUUAAAUGAUUCACCAGUGCUUCCUUGCUUAUUAUUCACCUGGAGAAAGUCUAGACCCUUCCCCCUCCAUAGCUCCUUAUGAGGCCCCAAACAGGAAAAUGCAUAUGCUUCUCUAUGGAAGAUCACCAAACGGAAACUGCCUCACCCUCCUCUAGGCUGGAGUUCAGCAUGGCAUUAAGAACAGUUGGUUUCCUCAGAAAUGUCCUGGGUCAACCCAAUCUCACCUCCUCUUUCUUUACUUCAUUGACAAAGUAGGUCCAGCAGACAGACAAGAAGAUUUCUGGGCUCAUUCUUUAGGGGAAAUUCCACCUCAAAUAUCAUGGAAACAUUUCUCAAGUUGGUGUUUUUAAAGACAAUCAUUUCUUUACCCAUUUCAAUUUCCUUACAGCACUGAAAAUACUGAAAAAGCAGCAUGUCAGAAUCCAUCCUAUUUGGUAAAGCCCCACUCUUCCUCCUCUUCCUCUUCAUUAUUGGGUUCCUUCCCCCCUCCCCUUUCUGGUGUAUAGGGUCCAUAUUUAUUUACUACCAUUGACUGAUGAUGUGAAACCUGCACAUGAUGUUAUUCCCACCUUCCCUUCUAUACAAACAUAAAGCAUUUGGGGUAACCAUAACCAAGUGGAUGUUAUUUAUUAACCCAUUCAGAAACAAUGUUUUGGUCCAGUCUGUGCUUGUCCUCUUUGAAACCGGAAUGUGAGCCAUGGUCCUGUGACUUGUUUUGUUCUCAUCCCCAUCAUGUAGAUAUUGUGUGACCGACGCCUAUAUAAUACUACUACUAAUAAAAGAAAAAGGAUCUCCUGUGGAUGUAAUGUACAUUUUGAAAUGAUAGAAGUCUAUUAGCUUUGUAUCAUGUAUGGGAUAACCCAUCCGUGUCCAUAGCUCCCAGCACCAUUACCUUUACGUACUCGGCAAAGAGAGAGAGGCUCUUUCCUGACCUGCAACAUUUGGGUUUCCCGCCGCCAUGUUUGCUUUCUGGAUGCAUUAAGAUUAUGGACCCCCGGCUGAUCUCGAAAUUCUUAACUUAUGUGGAACAAGAGGUUUUUGCAUUCCUUUUAAACAUUUGGUAGCGACAGCUUGCUGAUGUUCAGGUCAACUGUUAACUAAGGAAAAAAUAUUGUAAUAUAUAUUUUUUUGUAAAUAUACUCUACACAAUGAAAUGUG